UUACCACCCUAGUUAAAACAUUUGUUAUAGGACAUGAUAUAUGAUUUUCUUUUUCAUUGUAUAUUAGAAUUGAUCUGAAUUGGAAGGAUAGUCCAUCAAGUAUGUUCCCAAUAUACAGGAGGCUUAUGGCAUCUGGUCUUCGGAUACUUCUAUUCAGUGGAGAUGUGGAUGCAGUUGUUUCAGUGACUUCAACUCGCUAUAGCAUUAGUGCUAUGAACCUUAAGGUGAUCAAACCAUGGCACCCCUGGUACGACGAUACAAAAGAAGUUGGUGGCUAUAUGGUGGUGUAUGAUGGAUUAGCUUUCGCAACAGUAAGGGGAGCAGGGCACCAAGUUCCACAAUUUCAACCACGUCGAGCUUUUACUUUGUUGAAUAUGUUCUUAGCCAAUCAUUUUUAGGAUUUUAGCAUUUGGAUUGGCCACAUUGGAAGUGCAUUUCCACUCAUCCGAAUAACUGGGGACAUAUUUUAUUAAUCAAAUGCUUGUUUUCGUUA